AUGUUAGAGAAAAGAUUAAGAUCCAUUUCAGUUUAAAAUAAUUAGAAUCCUUUAAUUGAUUGCUAUUUUAGAUCAGAAUGUUCUCCAGAGAGAUUAAAACGAAAAUCUCAGAAAUCUCAAUAAACUAUAAAUUUAACUUCCCCAGUAGAUAUAUGAAAAUUAAUCUUAGAUUCGUUGUAUAGAGAGGAACAAUGUUGAUGAUUUUGAAAUCUAUUUAGAUGGUAAUUAAACAGUGAAAGAAGGUUGGCUAUAUUAGAGUAAAAGAGUUUAUGUUUAAUUAACGAGACAAUCUAUUAAGGAAUACAAUGAUGAAUAAAAAUAAUAAUUAAUAAGAGUUUUGUCAUUAAAAGAAUUUGAGUUCAUUGUUGAAUAAGAAAAAUAAUUAAUUAAGAUAACAUUUAACCAUCUUAAAUAAAUAAUAUUAUAUUAAGCAAAAGAUGUUGUUGAAGCAAAAAUGUGGGUAAAUAGUUUGAAUAUUGUUUUUGAUAAACAUAGAAAUUAUCCAAAAAAUAGAUUAUAAUUAUAAGAAGUACAUAGAUAUUUAGGUGUUGAAGUGAUUUCUGAAGAUUAUUUUUUAAAAAUUGUUGAAUCAGGUGAUCUUUUACUUUUUGAAACUAAUAAUACAGGUGCUAAAUUAUAGAGAAUAUUCACUAAUACAAAAUAUGAUCAUGUUGCUAUUGCUAUUAAAAUGGCUAAUAAAUAUUUAUUCAUUUUUGAUGCAAAUGCUGAUACUGGAGUAACAUUUUUAGAAUGGUCAUAAUUCAUAGAAGUUAAUGAUUUAUAUGAAAAGUAAGAUCAAAUUUAUAUAUUUAGAUUGGCUAUACGUAAAUUAAUGAAUGUUAAUAGAUCUGAAAUUGAAAAAAAGAUGAUUGAAUUUCUAUAAUAAGUACAUGGGAAGAAAUAUGAAGUGACAUUAAGCAAAUUAUUCAGAUAAAAGAGUUUAAGUCCUUCAAAGAAAAAUGACACUUAUUUUUGUUCAGAAUUAGUAGCCAAAGCCUAUAAGAAAUGUGGACUCUUAGAAUCUAAUAAGGCUUGUAGUUCUUUUUGGCCAGUUGAAUUCACUAAACCAUUAAAAUUUAGUAAAGAAUCAUUUAUUACUGAUGACAUUGUAGUUAUACUUAAAAAGCAUUUGGCUAUAUAAUCAUGA